AUGUCUGCCUCUCGAUUCCUCCGUCCUCUCGCCCGGGCGCUCCCACGCCAGCCGGUCAUUCAACAGUCGGCCAUCGUCCGUCCUGCCGCCAUCGCAUCUUUCAGCACUCAAACUCGCGUCUCCCAACCUACCAAGAAUGCGCCCGCAAAGAUCACCCGUGUCGCUUUGCCCGAGGAGAAGAAGGCAGGCAAGAUGGUCGCUCUCCAGUCUGCUAUGCCCCAGCUCAUCCCCUUUUUCUUCGUCAACGAGGUCACGUUUGCCUGGAUCCUGCUCCCGACCCUGAUCUACGUUUUCUCCAAGUACCUCCUUCCCCAGAAGGUCCGCCUCAUGGCCGCCCGCAUGUUCAUCAGCAAGCUAUAA